AGGAUAAAGACCCACAAAGGGAAGAGACUAAGACCUUCAUAAAUCUUACGCCAAUGACGAAAACCUUCCAUUACUGUCCGGUUAUCACGCCCAUGUCUCCAUUCUCCAAAACUCUCCUCUUCCUUCUCCUCUCCGCCCUCUCCAUUAUCCCCACUCACCAACGCCAGCAUCCACAUCCACUGGACCCAUUAACCCCAGCUGAAAUUACAUGGGUUCAGGCUAUUGUCCAUUACUCAUAUCCCACCUCAUCUCACACCAUCACCUUUCAUUACGUAGGCCUAGAAGAACCACCCAAACCCACUGUCCUUUCAUGGUUAAGAAACCCUUUCAAGAAAAACCCACAUCGCCAAGCUUUUGUAAUUGCCAGAAUAGACCAAACCACUCAUGAAAUCAUCGUAGACUUGACAUUCAAUCAGAUCAUUUCUGAUCAAGUCCAUGAUGGCUAUGGCUACCCCUUGUUCACUUUCGAAGAGCUAAGCGCAGCCGUUGAAUUGACGUUAAAAUAUGGACCCUUUAUGGAAUCAAUUAACAAGAGAGGACUCAAGAUUGAAGAGGUGGCGUGUGGGAGUUAUGCCGCAGAGUGGUUUGGAGAGAAAGAAAUGUCCAAAAGGAUCGUCAGGGUGAUGUGUUACUAUUUAGAUGGAACAGUUAAUUUGUAUAUGAGGCCAAUUGAGGGUAUUUCCUUGAUCGUUGACAUCGAGCGUAUGAUGAUCAGGGACUUUAGAGAUAGAUCAACGGUUCCAAUCCCAAAGGCGGAUGGAACUGAUUACAGAGAAUCGAUGCAAACGCCGCCUCUUGGGCCAACGUUGAAGGGGACAACCGUGGUGCAACCUCAUGGCCCAAAUUUCGAGAUCGAAGGACACAAGGUUAGGUGGGCCAAUUGGGAUUUUCAUUUAAGUUUCGAUGCUAGAGCAGGUCCAGUUAUAUCAUUGGCAUCAAUAUUUGAUGUUGAGAAGCAGAAGUAUCGUGAAGUUCUAUAUAAAGGGUUUGUGUCAGAGCUGUUCGUGCCAUAUAUGGACCUAAAUAAAGAAUGGUACUAUAGGACAUUUUUUGAUGCUGGUGAGUAUGGGUAUGGUCUGUCUGCAAUGCCACUGGAGCCACUUAGGGACUGCCCAGAAAAUGCAUAUUUCAUGGACGCUUAUUUUGCUAGCCAAAAUGGGAUGCCUGUGCAAAUGCCUAAUAUCUUUUGCAUCUUUGAGAGGUAUUCUGGGGAUAUCAUGUGGCGUCACACUGAGACUAUAAUCCCGGGCAAUGUGGUACGGGAGGUUAGGCCAGAAGUGAGCUUGGUGGUGAGGAUGGUUUCAACUGUGGGCAACUAUGACUACAUAAAUGAUUGGGAAUUUAAGCAGAGUGGUUCUAUCAAAGUCAAGGUUGGACUGACUGGUAUGCUACAAGUAAGAGGAUCAAUAUACACCCACAAAGACCAAAUAAAGGAGGAAGUGUAUGGCACACUAUUAGCAGAAAAUACCUUGGGUCCUCAUCAUGAUCACUUCCUUACUUACCACCUUGAUGUUGAUGUGGAUGGGUACGCAAAUUCAUUUGUCAAAUCCAAGAUGCAAAUGACACUAGUGAAUGAUGACAAGUUGCCUAGGAAAAGUUACUGGAGGGUUGUUAGUGAAACAGCUAAAACAGAGUUCGAUGCAAGGAUUAAGCUCGGCUUGGAGCAAGCUGAUCUAUCAGUAGUUAAUCCCAACAAGAGGACCCGUACGGGGAAUUUCAUUGGUUACCGCCUGAUCCCUGGAUCAAUCACAAGUCCCCUCUUAUCAGAGGAUGAUUACGAGCAGAUUCGGGCAGCCUUCACUAACUAUAAUGUGUGGGUUACACCAUAUAACAAGUCCGAAAAGUGGGCAGGGGGACUAUUUGUUGAUCAGAGCCGAGGGGAUGAUACCCUAGCUACAUGGAGCCUCAGGAAUAGGAUGAUAGAAAAUAAGGACAUUGUGCUAUGGUACACGGUGGGUUUUCAUCACAUUCCAAGUCAAGAAGAUUUUCCAGUAAUGCCAACAUUAAGCAGUGGAUUUGAGCUCCGGCCAACUAAUUUUUUUGAGAGCAAUCCGGUGCUUAAAGUCAAACCACCUCAGCCUAUGCACCGGCUAAACUGCUCUGCGCAUAAAUAAUGGUUUUAAAAUAGUGGAUUUUGCUUAAAGUGCACCCAAGAUUGUCUGUAAUGGCUUUUCUUCCUUCUUAUCUUGUACUCUAUUCCUACAUUUGUAGGACUGCAUAAAUUGGAAGUGUUGAUCACUCUUGGGCA